UUGUGAUGUCAAUGUCAUGUCAUUGAAAAUUGAAAAUGUUAGUGACUCAAACAACAAAAUAUUUAUUAUUUUCAGUCUGAAUCAAGAUAAAAGCAUAGUUAUGAGUUUAUAAAUAAGUAAAUAGAAAUCUGGAAAUGUUAUUUAUUUUUUAGUCUAAUUAAACCCGUGUACAAUGACGUUAAAAAAUGAAGAUUUACAGGAACAUACAAAAAGGUUAAGAUUCAAGAGUAUAACCAAUGUACAACAGUGUUCAGGUGAUAUCAGUGAUAAAAACAGUAGAGACAUUCGUAGUAAAGAUGGAGUGAAGUCAGCCUCUCUAUUUACAUUUCUUCAUGUAGAACUUACGCGAGGAUAUUUACUAGAACACGAUGAAGAGAGGUUUUCUGCACGAAGGGAGAAAGUGUAUUCUUUUUUUAAAAUUCCUCAAGAAUUAGAAAAGUUUAUGGUCUAUGGCUUUUUCCAGUGUGCAGAUUCAAUGCUAUUUGUUUAUACAUUUCUACCGCUGAGAUUUGUUAUGGCCUUUUUUUCUUUCUUUGAUAGAUUAUUUAGACAGUGUUUUGGGUUUUAUUCUUAUCCAAGAAAAAGUAUACUCAAUCCAGCUGAAACAUGUGAUGUACUUAAAGGUUUUAUAUUAUUAAUAUGUAGUAUUCUAAUGUGCUAUAUUGACACUAAUAUGCUGUACCACUUGGUGAAAAGUCAGAGUGUUAUGAAAUUAUAUAUAUUCUAUAAUAUGCUCGAGGUUGGCGAUAGAUUGUUCUCAGCAUUUGGCCAAGAUACAAUUGAUGCUCUCUUCUGGACAGCAACAGAACCCCGUGAUAGAAAAAGGGAGCACCUUGGUGUCAUCCCACAUUUAAUAUUUGCCAUGGUUUAUGUCUUUCUUCAUAGCUUGUUGAUAUUAUUUCAAGCUACUACUCUCAAUGUAGCUUUUAAUUCAAAUAAUAAGAGCCUACUAAUAAUAAUGAUGUCAAAUAAUUUUGUGGAACUAAAGGGAAGCGUUUUCAAGAAGUUUGACAAAAACAACCUCUUCCAAGUGUCAUGUAGUGAUGUUAGGGAGCGUCUGCAUCUGUCAGUGCUGCUCUUCAUUGUGGUGCUGCAGACUAUGAAGGAGUAUGUGUGGAAGGAGGAGAGGUUCUGGAUACUGGCCCCAGACUGUGUGCUUGUACUCACUUUCGAAGUUAUUAUUGAUUGGGUGAAACAUGCGUUUAUUACAAGGUUCAAUGAAAUACCAUACGGCGUGUACCGCGAGUACACGGUGAGCUUGGCGUACGACGUGGCGCAGACGCGACAGAAGUACGCCUUCAGCGACCACUCCGAUCUGGUCGCGCGACGCAUGGGCUUCAUACCGCUGCCACUGGCCGUUGUUAUCACUAGGGUGUUGGUGCAUGCGGUUAAAAUCGAUGGGUUGGUCGCAGUGCUUUUAAUAUUCAUAGCCUAUUUAUGUCUGAUAUCGAUACGGGUGCUCGUGUCCAUCGUGAUCCUUGGCAAGGCCUGCGAUUUGAUAUCACAACACCAGAAUGAAAAAUGUGACAGUCACCACGCCACGCCCAAAAAGGAGCAGAAAGAUUCGAAAGAGCUAUCGUCGCCACAUAAAACAUGCGACGCGGAGUUGGACAGAAAGCCGGUGCAGCUCAAGUUUGUCAUCCCUGAAAAUGUUGCCCUGAGUGAGCCACUGGUGGACGCGUCGGUGGGCGCGGCGGCCAUCUUCUCGAACAGCGCGAUCGAUCUGAACGGCGUGUGCUAUCUCAACGACAAGAUGAACGCGCAAGUGAAGCAGGAGCCCGCUGAUUACAUCGACCCGGACUCGGACGUUAGCCGCAGCGCACCAGAUAUAAAAGCAGCUGCAGCAGCGAUCGAGGAGUCAGUGGAGCGGCCGCACUCGCCGGACGCGGACGGCCUCAAGCGCCGGUCGGAGUCUGAACCUAACCUCGCGAAAAACGACGAACAAGAGACCACUUAGAGUUAGUGGAGAAUGGAGAAUGAGAUCCGUAAGGAAUAGGGAUGAUGACUAGGUUUGAAUAUAUUGAUUUUUAUGAUACGUUCGGGUAAAUAAGGUCAAUGUUAACUGAUUUAUACAUAAAAAGCAAAGAUUGACUGGAUAUCUGCAAAAUAAAUAAGAUUCCAAAAUUUUAAAAAUCUUUUAUCGUAAUUAGAUAAAAAUUCAUACAGUUUUAGCUUCCCUGCAUUCAAUGUGACAUUUUUCAAUAUAUGAACUAUAAACAUAAACGCACAAAGAACAAAGAUAUUAGUAAUUUUGUUUGACCGCCCAUGUAAAUCUAACGAAUGCACCUACGACGUCAUUAAUUCGUACCAUUUUGUAUGGGGCGUUUUUCAGGAAUCUGCGGCAGCGCCGCAAAUCCGACCCUUUAAAUCCCUGUAACUCCGAAGGUAAUGAUCGCAGAUACCCUGUUACUUUUACAAAAUUGCUUUACUAUUAGCAUACUCCUAAUUAAUAUACAAUUUAAAAAACUGUCAUCAUCCCUAUUGAAAUGACGAUAUUGAUGUGCCUAAAAAGUACUGAAGAGAUAGAGAAAUAUUAAUUGUAUUCUAUAUCCGUGGCACGAUAUGGUGGUCGUUCUGAUGCUUAUGGUGUACUAGCAGACACCGCGUGGUUGCACCCGCGUGGUUCCCGUUCCCGCAAGAAUACGGGGAUAAAAUAUAGCCUAUAGCACUCGGGGUGCACGCUUGACUUGAGCAAGUUGGUGUAUGCGUUACGAAAGUUGUAAUCCUGCGAUUUGUGCAGCCAUCUCCAGUCACUGUGAAACGGUGUUUGUUAUUUUAAACUACCUGUAGAUGGCGUUCCUAGACAACUUUGAAACAAACCUUUUUGUACCCUUAAGAACCUGUUGAUGCAGUUAUGCCUGAGACUCAUAGAUAGCGCUUUGUUUUUAUUUUUAACUGACUUUAAAAAAAGGAGGAGGUCCUCAAUUCGUUGUCGUUCUCUAUCUGAUAUAUUUUUUUCAAGAAGUGUUACUUCAUUCGUGUUGUAUACGGCACACUUGUUUUUAACAGAAUAUUUGCAGCAGACAGGGAUUGAACCCAAGACCUCUCGUUGUUGAGUCUGACCCCUUACCUUGGUGCUAUUGAGGUUUUAAUCAUUUUCACCACCAUAAGCUAUCAGAAUGUCUCACUUUUCGUGUCGCAAACUUGUAGUCAAUAUACUAACCACUAUACUACGUCACAGAUUACCUUUCCAAGAACUUUGAAAAUAAAAACAAUAAGCACAAUUUAUCAAAUCGCAUAUGAACUUACUCAAAGCAUCAUAAUAAGGCCUGUUUCUAAUAAAAUAUGCCAUCCAUUCAUCGAUCUCCUACUAUAAAGUGGAUGCACAAUAAGCGGCCAAAAAACGUCCCCUUUCAAUGAGUGCCAAACACUUGGCACUCAAUUCAAGUAGUCGCAUUUGCAAAUUCAACCUUAAACUCAAUAAUUAAGUUUGAAUUUGCUCUGAAUUUGGGAUUUUAUUGAAUAAUGGACUAUAUUAAAGGCCUUUAGGUAUUAUUUUCUUUACCAAUAAUUCUCAAACGGUCAAAGCAAAAUUGGCCAGUUUUAAAGUGAAAUUUUCUACAUGAUUGUGCGUCCUUUUAUUAUAAGAGGUCAAUGCAUCCAUUAUGUCCUUCAUUAGGACUUCUAUUGUUUUGAUAUAUGGGUGUCACUAAUGGGGAUGAUGACUAGGUUUGAAUAUAUUGAUUUUUAUGAUACAUUCGGGUAAAUAAGGUCAUUGUUAACAAAUUUAUACAUAAAAAGCAAAGAUUGACUGGAUAUUUGCAAAAUAAAUAAGAUUAUAAAAUUUCAAAAUCUACUAAAAUUAUUUAUCGUACUUAGAUGAAAAUUCAUACAGUUUUAGCUUCCUUACAUUAAAUGUGACAUUUUUUAAUAAAUGAACUAUAAACAUAAACGCAGAAAUAACAAAGAUAUUAGUAAUUUUGUUUAAAAGCCCAUACAAAUCUAACGAUCACUGAUUGCCUACGACGUCAUAAGUGCGUACCAUUUUGUAUGGGGCGUUUUUCAGGGAUCCGCGGCACCGCCGUAAAUCUGGCCUUUUAAAUCCCUGUAGCUCCGAAAGUAUUGAUCGCAGAUAUCCUGUUACUUUUACAAAAUUGCUUUACUAUUAGCGUACUCUUAAUUUAUAUACAAUUUAAAAAACUGUCAUCAUCCCUAUUUUAUUUCCUUUUCGAAUCUCUUCCGUGUUGCAUAAUGUUGCUUAUGUGGCCACUUUAAGCAGCUUAAGAAAUUUAAUUGUGCAAUGUCUCGGGCCAUUAUCAUUAAUAUCUGUAAUUAUAAAAAAAAAUCACACUACGCCCGCCAAUCUGAAUUGUUGCAACGUGUUGGGUGUACGCUCGAAAUCGUUAGUGGGCUCGAAUUGACUCAGUAGCUAUUCUGUAACGAUGUGUUUUAAGACUCGAAAGUGUGAGUUUCAAAUUGAUCUGUACAUCUCUUUGUCUAACAGAAUACUGUAGAUAGAAAAGAAUUCGAAAAUCACUUGAGUUAUAAAAUUGUUUUGUUUCCACUGUCAUUUAGCACGAGUGGUUUUUAUCAUUGGAUAAAGCCGAGUGCUACAAUGGCUAUUUACGUGCAGUGGCAUACAUUACUUUUUCUAAAAGUAAUAAAAUAAUUGACAAAAUUUAAACAAUAUUUGGCGUGGCUUUCUAGAUUUUGUCUCUUAAAUAAGGAAGCUUGGAUUUUUGUAGCCAAUGCCAUAGAACUAUUUGAAAUUAAAAAAAAAAUUAUAGCAACGUUUAGCCGUGUGGUAAUGAACAUUACCUAACGACCUGUAGAAAUUAAUCGCUUUGAUAUGUUUCGAGGUUUUAUAUUGAGUAGAUUACGUAGUAAGAGUUUAAAAACAUUACAGAAUAGCACUAUUCGUACAUACAAAGGAUAUGCCCCAAUUUUGUAUGGAGGCUGGGCCUUUAUUCCGCAUGCCAACUAAGGAGAACAAAUUUUUUAUCUUUAAAAGAACAUAAAAUAUAGGGCUUAAAACCUAAAAUAAAAAAAUGGGACCUGCAUUUUUUUAUUAAUUAAAUGUUUCUAACUUGUGUCAUAUUAACAUUUGACAAUAUUACAUGACAUUGACAGCUUACACCGGAUAUGAAUUCAAUUCCAGAUAUUUUUAUUGGGUGUUUUGAACACUUUUACUGUAUUGUCUAUUUUUAAUUUGUAGACAAGGGAAUUUUUAAACAAAAAAAAAAUAUUUAUUUAAUAAAAUACUCGUUCCGAAAAUUCUAAAAAUUGUUUUUUAAGCAACAAAAUUAUAAAUAAUAAAGGCCGAUUUUGGUAAAAGACAGUGGAGUAAACUUUCCUAAUAAAUACUUAGUCAUUUUUAUAUUUUUAUUAGUUAUCCUUUUUUAUAUGGUGCCUAGAUUGGUUGUUAUUUAAAAAUACGACAUAAUUAUCAUAAGUAAACUUUUUCUCGUCAUUAUUUCAGACAAUAGGAUAGAUCUCCUACCGUUUGACUCGGAAAGAGAACUAUCUUUUAUCCAGUUGUGUACACAUCCAUCCAUUUGACGGCCUCCGUGGCGCAGUGAAAUGACGGAGGUCCUGAGUUCAAUCCUCGGCUGGGCCGAUUGAUUUUUUCUUAAUUGGCUCAGGUUUGGCUGGUGGGAGGCUUCGGCCGUGGCUAGUUGCCACCCUACCGGCAAUGAGGUACCGUAGCGUUCCGGUACAAUGUCGUGUAGAAACCGAAGGGAGUGUGGAUUUUCAUCCUACUCACAAGUUAGUCCGCUUCCAUCUUAGAUUGCAUCAUCACUUACCAUCAGGUGAGAUUGUAGUCAAGGGCUAACUUGUAAAGAAUAAAAAAAAAGAUGUAAAAAAACACUGCCCACUCAUAUGGUUCAUUAUGAACCUAUAUUAGAAAAAAGAUCCUUAGAUAGCCCAAGUCAACUAAAUUAAAAAAAAUAUAUUAACAAUUCUAAUUAUUUUUCGGUGAUUUUAAAUUUUUAUUUAAGGAUUUUUGUAACUUUUUUUUCUGUAACGUGCUGGGCCUAAUAAUGGUAAGUCUCCUUUAAAAUUUGGUAGGAAUUGUGAAUAUCAUGCAUACCCUAUUUAAUAAUAACCUUGUGUACACCACUGGAACUUGUAUUCUAUAUCAAUGUUUUCAUAGUAGGUUGUAUUUAGAACAAAACGUUUAUGUUCCGUAUAACAAUUAUUGCUAAUUUAUAUUUUUAGUGAUAUUGAAUGUUUAUUAUAUGUAUAGAUGCCUAUAGAAUGUUAUAGUUAAAUGUUUUUUUAUGAAUAUAUAAAUUAUUAUUUAUAUUUUUUCUAUAUCUUUUGUUUUAGAAUAAGUUUAAAACCGAGUACAGGUUUGGAGGACAAAAUCAAUAUGAAAAAAAAUGUUCUCUUAUAAACAUUGGCACAAAAUUACUUGUGAAAUAAUUUUGACGAUGUUUUGAAUGUAAAAUGUUCCUAUGGAAAUAAAAAUGUAAAUAAUAGUCAAA